AUGUCCACAUGGGUGUAUCCCCCCAUACCGCCAGAUGAACUGCGCAAGGCGGAGGAGGACUCGCUGAAGGCCGAGCUUCAAUGGCUUCUGAAGUCCCUACAACACUCGCUGGGGGCGCUGAAAGAGGGUCUCGAGGAAUGUGCGGCAUUGUUGGCUGCAAGAGAACCAGGGUCGACUCUCGUGUUGUCAUCAUUAAGGUCUGAAAGUGUCAAAGGCUUUGUCACGCGGAUCGGCACCAAACUGGUCAAGGGCGACAUACAUUUGCGACUCACAACUCUGCCUCCGAACACACCGAGAGGCACUACGACGUCUACCCCAUCCACCAGACUGAUAUUUCACUCAUCUUCUUCCACUGCUGAUAUUCUCCUGCCACAAUUGCAGGAGGUGCGAUCUAGGAUCAACGAUUCCCUCGAUAUCAUUGACAUAGCGAGAUGGACAGGUCAGUCGACAGAUUCUUCUUUCAUCUCGGGACAACUUAGACUCCUCCAUGAUCACCUACGUGAGGCCCGAUCCUAUCUGAGGGGUCCCGUCACCGGCACUGACGCCGCUGCAAUCCCUGGAGCAGAAUGGUGGACUAGCAGUGCCGACGAGAGUAUAUUUCAACCCCCUCUGGGUGAAUACCUGAGUCUACACUUCACAAUCCAGGAUGCGAACCUCGUGCUCACUGUGAGGACGCUGGCACCUACGUCGCCUGGCGGAACUCCUAGCACCCCAGCAGAGGGCUCAUUUUCUUUGUCUGGCUUCAACCUGAGAUCCAAAUUAUUAGGUCUUGGACCAAGACCACCGAAUCAUGAUGAGAUGGGCGAGAUAUUCGAGUGGCGUGGGAAACAAGAGGUCAUUGUUCGUGAAAAAGUCCGCGUCGAAAGUGGUGAUCCGAGCUUGAUGAGUGUAGCAGCCAAGCUGAGUGCCCUGGAACAUGAGGUUGCCCGGUGGCGCAUGAACCUUCGGAUUAUUCUUACGGGGAGCGUUGAAGAGGACUGA